CACUAUGACAUUUGAGUGUACCUCAGAACAUAAAAGACAGACUAGGCUGUAUGGCUGAGAGCCUUUGCCUUCUCCUUAAGGAGUAAAUCAAACCAAAAAAAAAGAAAAUGUCUAUGGACGAAAACGAAACGAACAAUAUCAAAACAAAAACUUUUCUUGCAUUUUGCACAAAAAGUGAUAAAUCUUUCUUAUAAUUCAUUGAAUACUAGUUUUUGUGACUAAGUUUACGUUAACUAUCAAAAUGGUAGAAGAAUCCAAUAUGAAUUCUAACAAAGCUAAGACGAAAACGACUCGUCCGAAGGCAGUGUACUUGUGGACAGAAGCCGAUGUGCAGAAAUGGCUUCGACGACACUGCAGCGACUACUAUAGUCUCUACUGGGAGAGGUUUCAUGAGCAUGACAUAACUGGCCGAGCAUUGGUCCGUAUAAACGACAACACCCUCCUGAGAAUGGGCAUCACAAAUAGGGAGCACAGGGAUGCAAUAUGGCGAGAGAUCCUCAAACUGCGGCUCAAAGCGGACAUAGUAGAGAUCAGGGAUCUGGAACGAAGGCACAACUACUUCAACUACGAUUUGUGACAAAGGCAGGAAGAUGCGGCUAGCUUCACUAGUGUUGUGACAGUAGAUAGACGAUAUCCCUUAUUCAAAUAUAUCAGCAACUAUAUUUACUUAAAGUGCAGUGUUAUCAUGGGGCUGUACCGUGCCUUAUUGGGUAUAUUCAGACUAUUUGAAGUUUUAAAUAGAUGAUAAUUACAGAAACAAUAUUCUAUACAGUCUGUAUCAGUUUACAGGAAGACGGUACUAUGAGAGGUUUUUUUUUAAAGUAACUUGUCAUAAAUGUAACUGCAUGUAAAUACUCAAGUAGUGAGGUGCUGUUAGAUAACUGAUUACAAUACAGUAUAACUGAAGGAUUCAUUAAAUUGUUUGUGAAAUUUUUGGACUUGUAUGUAAAAGUAUAUUUAUGGUGAAAUUUAAGAUGUGAUAAUAAUUUCACUGUUUACAGUAACAGUUCAUAGUCAAAAUUCAUUUUGAUUGUUAAUAAUUAGUGUACUGUAAUGUGGUAUGAAAUAAAUAUUUAAAUAAGAUAAAUUUAUAUUGUAUAUGAAUGCAUAAAAAAUAUCUUGGAAUUUCUUUAUGUCCAAUAAAUGUGACAGUAGAUAAUAAUUAUUAAAAUCAUAAUUUUUUAUGUAUCACCUCACCAGACUGAAGACAGAAUGACUUGCGAGUUAGGUUAUGGGACUCAUAAUGGUCUGAGUUUGAUACCUGGGUAAGGCAAUUAAAAGUUAUGUAUGCCUAUCAAUACUAUACGUAAAAGAAUUAUCCUUAAUUGGUUGAUUUGUGUUGUGUACCAUGGGAUAAAAGUAAGUUCUGAAGACUGGUUAACAUAGCACAGUCUACUCCAUCAGGCCAUGAGCUUAUUUAUUAUGUUUCAAUAAUUUGUAUGGAAUAUUCAUAAUAGAUAGAGAACAUGGAAUGUAUGAUUGUAUUUUUAUACUCUAUGUAUGGAUGUGAGUGUAAAAUUAUAACUAAGAAUUAUUGUGAAUAUGUUUGUAUGGAAAGGUGUUUAGUGUUAUUGUGAUUGCCAUUAGGUAAAGCCAUUUAACUUCCUAAAGCAUUACUUUCUAAUAUUGUAGUUACCUAUACUGAAUUACUUGGCAAACAGGCCCCAGUGGAUUAUGCAAACUUGCCCCAAAACAUAUCGCUAGCUUACUAUUACAACAUCCUAUGACUUUUUUUAUAAAGUACUAGAUUUAAAUUCGCAUAUUGGUAAAAAUUUGAGAAGACAUUAAUCAUGUUUAUCUUUCGGAAUUAUUGAAAUAAUACUGAAAAAAGCAUACAAUCAUGUCGAUGGGUGAAAGGCUAAUUGAUUUUAGCGAAAUUUUAUUCGAAAAAUCAUAACUAGGUUCCAAAAACAUAGAAGAGUGCUGAUUUUAUAUGUAUGCAACAUAGUGUCGAAAAAUAAUGUUGCUUAAGUCAAUUAACUUAUCAUCCAUCGAUGUGAUAUACAUUAUAAUUCAAUUUGUGCAAAUAAUAUAACAGAAUCCUGUAAUAGUGAGCCAGCGAUAUAGAGGCAGGCUGUUGUAGGCCUUGUUGAAUUGUUUUAGAUUACCUAUAUCGUGAAUUACAACCGUUUUCAAUAAACGAUCCCAAGCUCAAUCUUCAGUUCGAUUCCGAAAAUGGACCAAUCAAAAUUAGUCAUUUGUAAGCAUGUCAAAAAAUACUUUGAUCUGAUUGGUCCAUUUGUGAGAGGGAUUGACAAAAGCGAUUGAGAUCGGUUAUUCAAAAUGGCGGUUAAAGUUGUAGUCUUCUGUUCAACCGUCUGGCAUUUCCCCCAAAACCAUCACAACCUUCCCAAGAGCAGGCACAUUCCACAAUAAUUUUAGCGAGCUUAUUCGAUAAAGGUUGUCAGUUCUAUAGAGGUGUAUAUCCUUCUCUUUUUGCUACCUAACUAUGAGCAUAUUUUGAAUAGUGCGACAACGCUUCUUAAAUCUAUUCUCGCGUCUCUAUGUAUAAAAUAAAAACAAUAUUUCCAUAGUAGAAGUCGUAAUUCGUUGGCUAUCUGUUGGUAUCUUGUUCUAUCGUAAAGUCCUUAACGUUGGGGCAAUAUGUUGACGUAAACAGGCUUGGAUCCAAAAGAAGGGAAUUUUGUUUAUUUUAAUAUUUUUCUGUUAUUCUUACAUUUAGCGAGCAGUGUAGAGAGUCAAAUGCGCUGCUGCCCUGGAUCCGCGUCUGAUGUGAAAGUAAUCGUCCAAAAAUUAUGUAUAAUCAAUAUAAAACUUAAUAUUUAAUAGAACAGCUUUAAAUACUAUUUGGAAUUAAUUAUAAAAUUAUAUUUAGAAACAGAUUUGUUUGUAAAAACUUGUUUAGAUGUUAUAUUGUUGUCAUUGAAGAGAUAUGCGAAUAAUUCUGUAUAAUAAUGAAGAUAUUUUAUAUGUU